AUGAAGGGGCGUCCUGUCGAUCAGCUCGUCUACGAGUACAUGUUCCCCAAACCCCGUGCUACGGAUCCGCCAAACUUCCACUCUCUACUGCACCGCCACCUCAUCCUUGAGGUCCGCCAGGAGGUCCAGGCCUACUUUGGCCACAUCAGCACCCAAGAGGCCAAGUACCCGGGCCUGGACUAUUCGCAUCGCAUCCAUCGCAUACGUCUCUCGCGCUGGCCAUGGCAUCGCCGCCUGUUUCGUGCCUUUGACGGGCUGGGCCUUACGCGCUCCGAGAUCGCCACGCUGACAAAGUGGGAGGGCACAAAGUGGGCCAAGGAGCGGUUCGAGCGAGACUCUGGCAUCGUCAUUCGCGAUUCGGCUGGCGAUGGCAUCGAGGACUGGGUCGAGGUUGAAGACCGCGUUUAUGGAGCACGUGGUUCCCAGCGAGAGGCCAAGCAGAUCGAAGAUGAUGAAAUUGCGGUGGAAAGAGGCGACGAGGAGAUGGAGCAAGACACCUACAACGACGACGAAGAUGAGGACGAGGAAGAGGAGGAAGGCGCGGACGGUGGUGAACAGGACCGUGCUCAAGACGACGAGAGCGAAGGCGAGCUUGAAAGCAUUGGGGUCGCGUUGAACGAACGCCUCCGGGAGCGAGCGGCGAGACACCAGGCUGGCGACACGUCUGAGCCACUGGACGAGGACUGGGAGCAAUGGCUCAAGAAUGCGAUCGAAUCUGGAGAGCUGCCGUUCCUGACAGACCAAAUCUUGUCGAGGCCCGACAAUCCUACGCCUGUCCCGCAAGCGCUCUUUCCGCCGCGGAUGUUGAGUGCGGCACGUGCAGGAAACUGGCACGAAAUCCCCGACUUCCUUCAUGGCAUAUUGCGAUGCACGCUGGAGUCCGAACGUGCCGCUACCGCCCGUAACAUUGCACGCCACCGCCAGAUGGUCGCCUUGAAUAGCAACCCAUACCUUGGCACACUGGACACCUCAGAGGCGCGUAGGCGCACCUUUUCAGAUUUGCGACUUCCCAUUGGGGAAACGGGAACAGCGCCGACCUCGAGUCUUCGUUCCUCGCAUCUGGCCGAACCCCGAGCGUAG